UAUUCAGAAUCGUCUUAGCUACCCCCCAUUUCCGGCUCCUCCCCGACUUUUGGGACACCCUGUAUACAGUGUGACGCGCGUGUGUGUUUUGCAUGACCACGAUUUUACUUUUAGCUGUAUAGAUAGAUGGUAUAGAUAUGGUCGCAGUGCGAUAUGAGAUGCGGAAAGCCUCCUAAUAUCUCAUUUUCCUUACAAUUAACUUAAAAUAUAACUAAAUAAUUUGUAUAAGAAGUAAUAAAAUGGUCAGCUCAUGUGUGAUUAUGACAAAUUUAAUACUGGUCAUAGUAUCAGUGGCGCCAUCGGUGGAAAAACGAUCAAGUUUCUAAUGAAAAUAGUUGUCAGUAUAUACUGUUGCUGUUGUUUUAAAUGCAUUUAUGCAUAUAUGACAGGAACAAGAAUAACAAGAUACAUAUCCACAUGCAUUAAUGGCAGGCAAUGAUAUAAAACAAAACUUACGAAAAUUAGAAUUUCCUUACUGUGCUAGAGAAGCGUUAUGCAAAAUCGAGAUUUUAUGUGGCCGACCUGGAAAACAAGUCGAUUUGCAACUGGAUUUAAUAUCAGAGUUUGUAUUUGGAGAAAUAGAGAAGCGAAAGAAACGCAAUAUGACAAUAGCGAUACAAGAAUUACAAUUAAUAGAAGUUUUAAGUGAUUUUUUUCAAAGCCCAGGAGGAAGUGCUGCUGUCCGCAAUGCAGUUUUUUUAUCUCUGUUCCCUGCGGAUAGUUCUAGAUACAAAAUUUUAGGUAAUUUAGUAUCGUUAGCCAUUGCUACCCAAAACAAGGCAGUUUUAAAUGCCACUGGAAUCUGGAUGCAACAGUUAGGCUCUACUUCGUUACAAAGCGUGGGAUUAGCAAAACAUGUACUUAACGACUAUUUUGUCCUUACCCCAAAAUCUAUCGACAAGUUGAAACAGCUUCCUGUUCUUACGCCACAUUUCAUAGCCAAUUUACUAACGGCAAUAGGUGAAGUUUACGAAGAUAAAGAUCCACCUACGGAGCUGCUCAGAUUGGUAGGAGAAUGGAUAGAUGAAAAUCCGAGUCUGCUAUUGACGCCUUUAAUGGACAAUCCUGCUUUACCAACCGGUGGGAUUCCAAUGACACCGAUAACACCCAUAGCAGGUUUAUUCAGGUGGUGCAUUUUAUGUCCUUUACGUUUAUGUAACACAAAAAAUGCGGAGAAUUACGAAGAACAGCGGAAACUCUAUUCUAAAAUACAGCAGUUACUUAUGGAUUCUGUAUUACGAUUAAAAAAUAGUGGAAACAAUAAACAUGCGAUAUCCGCGCAACAUUUUGCAACUACUAUUCGCGCUCUAAGUACCAAUUUACAAUCUCAAACGAAUCUUAAUUCAACUAUGCAUGACUUGGCGAUGGAACGACUCGCGCAAGCUGUCAGUGCAGCUAUGUCUGCAAAUUGCAUUUAUGGAAACAAACAAGAGUUAUUGGCAUUACUACAACCUUUAUCGUAUCAACAUUUUCUAAUCGAAUGGACACUACAAACUUAUGUAUCUAAGGCUGCUUGAUUUAUUAAAUUUGUAAGUGUAAGUUCAAAGUCGCUACAUCUUGUUUUAAUGUGUACAUAAAUGCAGUAUAAUAUUCGUGGUUGAAUUCUAGAUGUAAAUAUCAACAACAUUUAUAUGACAAAAUAAAUAUCUAUUUUAUUUUGAA